AUGACGUGGCUGCGGCACUUCGCUUACGCUGCGGCGCUUUGCCUGCCUGUUUCUGCAGAGACUUGGAAAUUCGUGCCGGAGUGUCAGGGCGAUGAAUGUGUCAAGGAGCCCACUCGCGCUGCAGAUGCUCCCACGAAGUCUAUAGCAGAAACUGGUGGCUGGGGUUUCAGUUACGGACCUCUGCCGACUCGCGAACCGGGUGCAUUCCCCAAUGACGACAUGAUGACAGAGGCUAUUCAGGGCCAGUGGGGUCAUGGCGGUCGAGACGACAUAGCGAUAAUCGCACGAAUGGGAGCCAAGAUGGUGCGCCUCUACGGAAAUGACCCACGGUUCGACGGCAAAAAGUUUCUGGACUACGCGAACAGAUGGGGCCUUAAGGUCGUGGCUGGCAUAUCAGACUACCCGUACGAGCACGGGCCCGGCAAGUGCUGGACUAGUGACCUGAACUGCUAUGAAGCCAUUCUCGAGUCCUAUAGCGCGACACUGGAGAACAAAAGCUUUGUGGCACAUGGCAAGUAUCACCCGGCCCUGGAUACCCUGGUUCUGACAAACGAGCCUGACCUCAAGUUCACCGGAGAUGGAACAUGGAUUGCGUAUGAUUAG